AUGGCCCUCCAUCAGUUCGAUUACCUCUUCGCCCUUGGCACUAUCUUUGCCUUCCUCGAUGCAUACAACAUCGGUGCUAACGAUGUCGCCAACUCAUGGGCGACCUCGGUGUCGUCUCGCUCGUUGCAGUACUGGCAGGCCAUGGUUCUGGCCACUAUCAUGGAAUUCAGUGGAAGUAUUGGUGUAGGUGCUCGUGUUGCAGAUACCAUCCGAACAAAGAUCGUCGACGUCAAGGCCUUCGAGGAGAAUCCUGCCCUGCUGAUGCUGGGUAUGGUCUGCGCUGUCACGGCUUCCUCCAUCUACCUCACCGUCGCAACCCGUUUCGGUAUGCCGGUCUCGACCACUCACUCCAUCAUGGGCGGUGUGAUCGGUAUGGGCAUUGCUGCUCUGGGAUCCGAUGGCAUCAAGUGGUGGGGAGGAGACAUCAACUCGGGUGUCGUCCAGGUCUUCCUUGCCUGGAUCAUUGCGCCUCUUCUGUCCGGUGCCUUUGGUGCCAUCAUCUUCCUCUUCACCAAGUACGGAGUCAUGGAGCGUAAGAACUCGGUUAUGAAGGCUUUCAUCUCCAUCCCCAUUUACUUUGGCAUCACCUCUGCUUUGCUCACCAUGCUUAUCGUGUGGAAGGGUGGUUCCAGCAGAAUCAGCCUCACUGAUUCGGAAACCACCGGUGUGAUCAUCGGCGUUGGUGCUGCCGUCGCGCUGCUUGUUGCCGUCUUCUUCCUCCCUUGGCUCUACAGGAGGUUGAUCAAGGAGGAUUGGCAGCUGAAGUGGUACCACCUCUUCAUGGGUCCUCUUGUGCUGCGUCGCGGCGAGGUGCCCCCUGCCCCUGAGGGCUACAAGACCGUGCAGGACUACUACAAGGGCCACAAGACCCUAGAGGAGCUGGAGCGCGAACGUGCUAACAUUGAGAGAGCCGGGCCUUCCGACGAGGAGAGCGAGCCUGCUGUGAGCGAGGAAGGCAAGGAAGGCCAGGUUGUUGCUGCUUCUGCCGAGGUCGAAGAGCCCAAGUUUACGUUCAUCGGGCCUCGUCCUGAAGGUGCCGCCUUCAGCCCCGCCGUCCUCUUCUGGCAGUUCCGUCGCUUCUUCUUCCGCGGUAUCGAGCAGGAUGUUGUCAGUCUGCAGAAGAAGCGAGACAUUCUCACUGGUGACUUGGAGAUGGUCCACGCCCAUGCGCGCCAUUACGACAACAAGGCCGAAUACAUGUACUCCUUCCUCCAGGUCAUGACUGCUUCUACUGCGUCUUUCACACACGGUGCCAACGAUGUCUCCAACGCCGUUGGUCCUUAUGCCACCAUUUACUAUGUCUGGUCGACCAACGAACUCAAGUCUAAGAGUCCUGUUCCAUACUGGAUCCUGGCUUUCGGAGGUGCCGCCAUCGUGAUCGGUCUGUGGACCUACGGCUACAACAUCAUGCGCAACCUGGGUAACCGAAUCACUCUGCACUCUCCAUCCCGCGGUUUCUCCAUGGAGCUGGGGUCUGCCAUUACCGUCAUCAUGGCCACCAGACUGAAGCUCCCCGUCUCCACCACUCAGUGUAUCUCUGGUGCCACAGUCGGUGUGGGUCUGUGCAAUGGCACCUGGAGAACCAUCAACUGGCGCAUGAUCGCAUGGAUCUACUUUGGCUGGAUUAUUACCCUCCCUGUCUCUGGAAUUAUUUCCGGAUGCCUCAUGGGCAUCAUCAUCAAUGCCCCUCGCUGGGGAUUGACCUACUAA